AUGCGUACCGGAGCCGAAACAGCGAAACGGGCGAGCAAUAGUGCGUCUGCAAGCUUAGGAAAAAUAAGAAUAAGCAGCCUACCCAUUAGUUCUCUGCCUCUGCUGGUUCUCCUACACUGGGAUAUUGGAAAUGAUGGAGAGCUGCACUGCGCAUGCGCCGAGCUCAACCAGCCAGCAGAUGGGAGAGUCAUCAUGAGUAAGAGGAAGGCCAGAGAUGCUCAUCUGCCUAUAGGAGAAUGCAUCACACAGGUUCAGCAGAUUUUAAGGGAGCGGUUUUGUGAGAGGCUGCUCCCUGACAGACCAGAGGGAGUAGAAGCUCAGUACAAACACCUCCUGGAGCUGCUGAGGCGGACGGCGAUCCACGGGGAGAGUAACUCUGUGCUAAUCGUGGGUCCCAGAGGAGCAGGCAAAACGAUGCUGCUGCAGUGCGUGCUGAGAGACCUGCAGAAGGAGGAGAAGGUGCAGAAGAACCUUCUUCAGGUUCACCUCAGUGGUCUCCUGCAGACUGAUGACAGAACAGCGCUGAAAGAAAUAACCAGACAGCUCCACCUGGAAAACGUUGUUGGAGACAAAGUGUUUGGAAGCUUUGCUGAAAAUCUGGCUUUCCUCCUGGAGGCAUUAAAAAAAGGCAAUCGCAGCAGUAGCUGCCCAGUGUUGUUUGUCCUGGAUGAGUUUGACUUAUUCGCCCACCACAAGAACCAGACUCUGCUCUACAACCUGUUUGACGUCUCCCAGUCCGCCCAGGCUCCUAUCGCUGUGGUCGGCGUCACCUGCAGACUGGAUGUUCUGGAGCUGCUGGAGAAGCGGGUAAAGUCGCGGUUUUCCCACCGUCAGAUCCACCUGCUGAGCAGCCUCAACUUCACCCAGUACCUGGAACGGGUUUGGACGCAACUCAGCCUGCCGGACAGCUUUCCUGACAAGAAAUUCGCUCAGGAGUGGAACGCUGGUGUAAAGACUCUGUGUGAGGACAAAUCUGUGGAGGAAGUUCUGCAGAGACACUUCAACUCCAGCAAAGACUUUCGCUCUCUGCACAUGCUGCUGAUGUUGUGCCUGAGUCACGUCUCUGUCACCAAACCUACCAUCAAACCAGCCGACCUGCUCGAGGCCAGCCGGAUGUGUUUUGCUGACGCCACGGCUAACAUGCUCCAUGGUUUGUCCAUCUUGGAGCUGUGCCUGGUCAUCGCCAUUAAGCACCUCAAUGAUGUGUAUGAAGGAGAGCCAUUUAACCUUCAGAUGGUCCAUAAUGAGUUUAAGAAGUUCCUGCAUAGGAAGUCCAACUCCAUGUACAACUUUGAGCAGCCUGUUGUCAUGAAGGCGUUCGAGCACCUGCAGCAGCUGGAGCUGAUCCGGCCUGUCGAUGGUUCCUCGGCCAAAGUCCAGAGGGAGUACCAGCUCAUGAGGCUCACGCUGGACCACAGCCAGAUCAUGGAUGCCCUGCAGAAGUACCCACAGUGCCCCACUGACGUCAAGCAGUGGGCCAUGUCGGCAUUUGGGUAGAUCUUCAGAACAUUUAGAAUUCAGAGUCUGUGAAGCGUGUUUUGACUUGGACUGAAGAGCAUAAGGUUUGCACUGCCGCCCACUCUAAACGAUCAGAAAAUAAAAGGAAAUGAAUAGUUUGGCAUUGGUGCGAUUGUUUCACCCUCUAAGCAGUUAGAGGUUUAUGCUGAAGAUAGACCCCCCCCCCAAAUCUUAAUACAAAAAUUCAGUUUAAUGUGCUUGUGUCAUUUGAUCAGUAGUUGGACUUAGCAAGUGUCAUCAAGCGUCCAGCUUUCAUCAUUUUCAGGUCGUGAGCAUCAGGCUGCUGAAUACUGCUAUCUAGUGGUGAUUUUGUGCAGUUGACAAUAACCUGGAUGAAAGUUGCAGUUUUGAUUUCUUGGACAAAAAUAUGUGUAAUUGUGCCAAAAGUCUGUUUUUUGUUGUUGUUGUUGUUUUUUUUUUAAACACACUGUAGCAUCAGUGAGGCAUGUGUCCCUCCACAGUUCACAAGAAUCGCUGCUCCCACGAUGGUUUUACAGUUUAUGCACAAUGAUCAGCUGAUUGGUCUGCAUGGCCGUGAGCUGAAUGAAGAUUCACCUUAGUGGCAAUAAAAAGAACUCAUUUAAUUAGGUGUCCUCUUGGCAGAUAUUUUGUGUUUCUAGGCUUCAAAAGCCUCAUUGCUGCUCUUUUAGAAUCAAGUUUCAAAGGUACAUUGUUGCAUAAAUCCAGCUUUAUAAACAUGAAGUUUUUUUUACUAAUUUUAACUGUUUAAAUGGUAUGCUAUGUAUUUGUGGCUACAGUUUUAAAGAUUUUAUUCAGUGUGCAAUGCCAUGCUGUACUGUAAAUAUAAGCCUAUAAUCCAAAUAUAAGCCUCAUGUUUCCAACAGGGAACCCAGCCCCCCACCCUCAAUUUAAUUGCCUUUUCUUAAACAUGGAGCACUGAGCAUUUAAGCAAGGCUUGUAACUGAGUGAAGGGACCUGUGAGUAUCAGCCUUAAGAAGAGCCAAUCUAAUUCUCUGAAUGAGAGGAAAGGAGGUGACUGUGCUCCAUAGUUCAGAGCCAUGACACAGGCACAGCCCAUACCUUUAUGAACACAGUGUACCCGUCUUCUGAUGGCUGAUUCCAGCAGGAUAGCACACCAUGUCACAAAAGCUCAGAUCAUCUCAAACUGGUUUUAUGAACAUAAUGACUUCACUGUGCUCAAAUGGCCUCCACAGUCACCAUAUCUCAGUCCAAUAGAGCAGAUUUGAGAUGUGGUGGAACAGGAGAUUCUCAUCUGCAGUAACUGUGAUGCUAACAAAGAAUUAAGACAAAAGUACUUAAUCUAGUACUAGCAAGGUGUACCUAUUAAAGAUAACCAGUUAUCGUUAAUAGGUACACCUAAUUGCAUUGGUUAGGGUUUACCUCUUAAAAUCUGAUGUAUCAAAAUUUAUUUUAUGACUUUCCUUUAUUAAAAAGUCCCUAAAUAUGAAAACCAAACUGUUUCCAGGAAAACGCCAAGCCUCUAAAAAGAGUUAACUCCAGACUGCAGUGAUUCAGAGAGGGGAAAAAAAGGAAAGAAAACACAUUCACAAUCUAAAAACACAUUUAUUUACAUCACGUGGAUCACUUCAGCUGAUAAAAACCAUGGCCGGCUAACAUUAGCCGAGAGUCGCAGCGCUAAUCAGGGAUCAGUCCUGCCUCCUCUGCCAUAAUGUACACAGGGUUCAUGAAGUUUAUUUCCUCUGCUGUAACACUUUUUCAAGAGAUUUUCCUCUCAUCCCUUCUGUGAGAGGUCAGGAUGAGGACAUCCUUGAAGCUGGUAAAGACUCAUUCCUACUCAGGAAAACCCAGUGGGCUGUUUCUUUUUUUUGUUUGUUUGUUUGAUGUACUUCACUUUCCAGUUUGAAAUUGCAGACCUUAGUUUCUUUCUUGUUUUCACAUUUUUUUCUCAGUAACAUAAAAUGUACAGUCACAUGUAUCAGGAGCAAAGAAAAAAAGACAUUUUCAUCACUGAAGAGAGGAUUUUUUUUUUCUUUUUAAAACAUGACACACUGAAGUUUCAUGUUCAGACUGAUCAGUUUCUCCCAGCUUUAAACAACCUGUGAGCAUCAUUGGCAUUGGAGACAGUGUUGGCAGACCCGGGAUAAGCGCUGCAACUCGACAGCCUCAAGAAAUGUGGGGUCAAAGUAGUGUUUUUGUUUUUUUUUGUUUUGUUAUUUUUUUGAUUUGUUUUGUGGGGGUUUUUUUGUAGAAAUUUCAGGCCUGGUAACCAGACUUCUCUUACUGCCAAGACAGUCUUAGCGGUGGGGGUCAAUGGAGUUCAAUGUUUCCUCUAAAACUCUUUACCACCAGCAGGAAAAAGGAGGAGACUGGGAAGUUAGAAUGAAAUAACCUGUAGUGGAUGAUUGUAGUAGCACAUAUGGGAAUAUUGCAACAGCUCCUAAAGAGCUUGGAGGGCUUUUUAAAAUGUAACCAUCAGGGGAUCCAAGCAGGCUCCCAGAGGAACACCUUUGGCUGAACCAUCACAAUUCGUUUUCUUUCUGCCUUACAAAGUACUCCAAUGAGCCUCCAACUUAGUGAAGGGAAACUUUUACAGGCCUGGGUGCUGAGUCAAAACACAAGAAAAGUAUAAAUGAAUGUAGAGGAAACACUGAAGUUCAACACGCACUUAUAAAGAUUCAGCUCAGAGUAUAUAGUUGAUACAGGUAUUUAUGUCUGUACAGAUCCUAGACUGCUUAAAAUAGUGGGGGCAACAAGACACAAAUGUUUCACUGUUUAUAUGCACAGCAAUGUGAGGUGCUGGGCUGGAGGAAGUCAAGGUAGAAACAUGUAAAGCUUCAACAUGCGCAGGACCCAUCCAUACACCUUUAAAUAUCCAAAAGAUCCAUCCUUUUCACUCCUCUCAGGUCGCCAAGUCAACUGCUCCUCAUCAGGAUAAGGCUGAAGUUGAAGAUAAAUUAUACAAAUCAGCAGGGUCGAAUAUGACUGGACUAUUUUCCAAAGCUGGUCACCUCAGCUUUUGAGCUACUCGCUGCACUAUCCUCCUGAACGAAAGACACAAUCUCCACAACAGUGCCAGAGAUCAAAACAGGAAACUCAGAAAGUGCAAUUUAAUCUGGUAGCUCCUGCACUAGCUGAAAAGGUGACAAAACCCCUGAUGCUAUUAGCUAAAAAAAACACCAAAGUGUGGCCAGUGGAUAUGACAGCACUUUUAGUGUUCACCAACAUUUGCAAGGGCGAGAACAUUGGGUACAACAGGCCCUGCAGGCUGUCAGUUGUCGUUGCCAUCUAGAAAGCUGUGCAACCUCUUUUGUGAACAUUUACCAAUCAAGAGGAUUCUCAUGAGCAUUUGUCGGGGGUGGGGUGGGGUGUACCUCUGCUGGCAUCUUCAUUACAGAGACAACAUCCAAUCAAUUACAUUUUCACUGACUUGAUUAACUGGUGCUUCCAAAGUUGAAUCACUCUAGCAGGAUCCAUUUCACUACCCAUUGCUGAGAAACUGGGUGACUGGGUUCAGUUGGGGGUGCUCACAAGACCACUGACACUGAAUAAUAAUUCUUUAAAGCUUCUUCUAGACAAAAAGUUAAUUAAAAAAAAAAAAUUCUACCUUUUCCCCCUACAAUGAAGCUAAUUUUCCCAAUAAAGGAGAUUCCAGAAGAAGCUGCUAGUUUAAAGAAAAAUAUACAUCUACUACAUCAAAUGUCUCAAAUGCUUUCCAAAAAUUUCCAGAGGAAAAACUUUACCUCACAAAAUUUAAAUAUUUGAGCUAUAGAUCCAUAGGGCCAUGUUCAUUCUGGACUAUUUUAGAAGCGCCACCUAUUAAAAUGAGAUGUUCCGAAUUUUUGCGUAUUUAGAAGCUCUUUUGGUGAAGUUUCCUAACUUUUCAGUGCAAGAAGUUAACGCUACAGAUCCUCAAAGUUCAGUUCAGCAAUGCAUCAUGUAGAUGCUCCUUUGGUGGAGUCAGAACAGGCAUGGUUCCUGAGGGGAACCAAUGGAUGGUAGACGAGAUUGUCGUCAAUUGCUUUAAUUGGGUACUUGAUCAGGUGAAGACAAACAGAACCAAAUAUCUGCUUUGUUUUGGAAGUUUAGGUGCUAAAACAAUGGUAGGACCAGAGGUUUUUGAGGACCUUUUUUUCCCCCAUCGUCCUUUGGAUGGUCGGUUUGGUCCUAAUGGACCACAGAGCCGGUACAACCGAGAGGUGUAUGAAUGGAUGUCCAAAUACGCUGGGCUUUGCAAGUUUCUACGGGACAGGGCACAAUCACACGAAACCAGCCAAACGCAAAGCCCUCUAAAGUUACACAGGGCCGGGCUCAAUCCAUCGAAGUACACACAAUACUGGAAUCCAGGAGUCUGAAGAACAUUCAUUCUCGGUCAUUUUGUCCAUAGACUGAAUAGAAAGAAGCAUGAGUAAAGUUUAUAUCUUUUUCUUUUUGAAUCAAUUAAUGAAAGUAGUUCCUGAAUUACAACUGAAAACCCACCCCAAACCCUGAAACCCCAACAAAAACCAAAGCUCAUGCCAGAACUUUAUUCCGAGUUGCACUCGAGCUCCAAUCCCCAAAACCUCAGGCCAGUAAAUUAAAAAAUAAAUACAACAUAUCAAUAUGCAAGGUCACGGAUAAAAAAAAAAAAAUGCUACAAGUUAUUUGUGUGUGUGUGUGUAU